AUGAGUGAUAAAAUAGUUGUGUUCUGUCUUGUUGUCUCCACCCUGAGGUUCGUCGCGUGCGCAGGUAGUGACAAUGAGAACGUGUUCACUGACAACACCCGAAACGCUCGGAACCCCGCGCCCCCCAGGGCCCAGAACAUCUUCCAGAGCUACGGGUACCCCAAACCCAGGGACCUGCCCAUUCUUAAUCGGAAAAUCUUCAAGGGGACACGUGUGACGAUCAGGGAACACCCUUACGUGGUCAGCAUCAGGCGUCAGUACAGCCACUACAUUCCCGGGACACUUCUCACGGACAACUUGGUGUUGACUGUAGCUCACCCCCUGAACGGGGUCUCAACAGAAGAGCUGGGCGUGGUGACAGGGGAGAACUACUGCGACCGGGGCACGACCAUCAACCCUGUGGUCUUCUACGUCAUCCACGAAGACUUCGACCCCCACACCCUGGUUAAUGACAUCGCCAUGCUGAGAACCUUCGAGGAUGUUUAUUACUCGACCAACACGAAGCCGAUCCGACUGCACAUAAAAGCUCCGUCAAUCGGCGCCCAAGCUUUCGUGACGGGAUGGGGCCGAUGCGAUUUUACUGGCCAAGAACUCUGUCUACCCCGGUCCAACAUAUUCUACCCAAAAGAAGUGCACGACCCCAUGCUGAGAACCGUCACAUUCACUGUCACCAAUAAUUCGUAUUGCAACGAUUAUGCUAAGAACCAAGUAUAUCUCAAGCCUGGCAUGAUGUGUAUGGGACCCUCCCGGCUGGAGGAGUCAAUGACCUCGUGUCUCGCCGUACCCGGGGCUCCUCAGGUGGUUCACGGGAAGCUCACCGGGAUCCUGUCCUGGGGCCUGGGGUGCGGGUACACCUUCGACAUGCCUUUAGUCUACGUCAACAUGGUGCAUUAUCGAAAAUGGGUCCAUCACAAUAUGCAGGUGAUGCAAAAAAUUCUCCAAACGCACAUACACGUACUCAAUUUGGCUAGAAAGGCGUACAUAAUGCAACGAUGGAUGAAUGAAACUAAGCAGGGCUCGAGGUUUUUUGACGACAUUGUGUUUGGCGAGGGACGUCAACUGCAAACUUUUGAGACAGACUUAGAUUUGGCAACGCUUAUGGGGAAGGUCUAUGAUCUCAGGGACUUUAUAUAUGGGGGGAAAUAUCAUCAACAGAAGAAGAGUAUAUACGCUAGUCUUAGACAGAAGUAUGCGUAUAUAACAGCGCUGAAAGCGAACUACUCAAGUCCAUCAUUACCGUUUCUGAGCUUAAAAAGGCUACACCAAGCGGGACUUAUUUAUAAAGAUGGUGUUUUAAGUGAAUAUUCUGACUAA